UCAACCUGUUUCUCUCGCGGGCUAUGUAGCUGUCUUGCCUCAGAGCUAUGGUGGAGGAGGCGCUCGUGCGCUAUGUGUGCGAGGCCCCGACGAAGGCGCCACCCAAAGCCUGCGCAGGCAAGCGCCGGCCACCGCCCAGGGGCCUUCGCAUCAAGAAAGCGGAGGAUCAGGCAGAGGCCAGUUUGGAGCAGGAAGUCAUUCGGCUACGAGGUUUGGUGGCCUCUUUGCGGGAACGCUCGGAGCCAGAGACGCGGCCAAAGCUGGACGCCGAGGUUCAGGCAGACGUCGACUCACAAGGCCAUCAGAAUGACUCUGACGCGCAGGAGCAGCUAGAUUCCCUGCAUCAAGAAGUGGGGGACAAGAGCCGCGAGCUUCGGCGUUCACAAGAAACGGUGCGAUUGCUGCGGUCAGAGCUGAAGCAACAGCAGGAGGUGUCCGAGCAGUUUCGGCUACAAGCGGAAAUGCUCGAGGAGCAGCUCCUACUGACGCGCCAGCGCUUUAAGGCGGAGGCCCGCGCCUGCGAGGAGCGGUGGGCAUCCAGGUCCACAAGUCUCAGUCGGUCGCGUCCUUCUUCGGCCCAGAUCUCGCGGAAGGAGUUCCCGCAGGCAGGGAGAAGCGAGUGCUCCGACGAGGAGGAGCCGUGUGGGAGGCCGCCCAGAAGAAGAGCUUUUUGCGGCGAAUGACUCCAUCCAGCAGUUUGGUGCAGGCGUAAUGCCUGAGUGGAACCCCGUCAAUUCUGGGCAACGCACCCAUGUGUCGCCCUGGAAGAUUGGCGGCAUGUCAAAACUAGGGGACCUCCCAAAUGGGUUGGUUUCCCACUGGGUUUGUGUCACCCCCCCCCCCGAAUCGGGUCCCUAGUUUUGACACAUCCCCGAAUGGGGUGUCGACCAACCUUUGCGGCAACAAGAUAUGUUGUUUGCGGAGAGGCAACUUUGCCUCAUUCACCUGACCAGGAGUCCCAUGUUCCCUCCGCGAGUGG